AUGAGCAAUCUUCCACCGCCCGAUCUACUCUCGCUCUCCCGGACCAGCAAGUGGUUCCGAGGCUUGCUCAUGAAGCGCUCGGCUCGGUAUAUUUGGCUGCGGAGCUUUGAGCUUGUUGGCCUGCCACCGGUACCAUACCCCGACGAAUGCGCUGAGCCGGAGGUGGUGGAGGCGCUACUUGGAAAGUGCCAUUUCUGCAAAAAGGCGGUACCGCACCCUUUUGGAAGCUUCAGCUUGCCGUUCAUCUGGGCGUGCUACAAGUGCGCAUCGCCGAGUCUGUGGAGAUACGACGAGCGCCGGGUCCGCAAGUCGUCAAUGGCGUUAGUGAAGAGAGCAGAUGUCUUGGACCUCGUGCCAUCAACUAAAGGGGGAAAAAACCCGCAAUUCUAUACCCCUUACCUUCGACGCCUCGAGGACGAGUACACCAAUGUGGUCGAUGACGAUGAAGCGCGCGAGCAAUGGGUCAAGAAGCGUAAGACGCUGCUUCGACAAAGCAAGGAGCAGUAUGAUGAGGCCUGCCAGCGCUGGCUUCGGGAAUAUCAACGCCCAUUUCGAGAGAGAUUUGUGGAGAAACUCAAACAGUUCAUGAAAUACGUGGAGCUGCACGACCCCGAACUCGAGGUAGAAUUUUGGUAUAUGAAUAGCAACGAGCAAAUCGCCUUUCAGAAGGCGACGGAGUGGAGGAAGUACCCGGUCAAUGAUAAAAGAUGGAAAGCCAUCGGUCCCAGGGCUAUAGAAAUACUACAGAAACACCGCCAUGAGCGGCUUAAGAAUACAGACGGCCAGACCGCGGGUCCAAUCGAGCGUGUCUGGGGAGGAAGAAAUUGCACGGCGGGCUGA